UCUACUCUUAGAACAAGCAGUCCAGGGAGACAAAAUGAGGACGCUUGUCGCCCUAGCAGUAUUGGGAUGCGUCGCAGUCGCAUACGGCCGCGAGAUCGGCCAGGUCGCCGACUUGGAGACCGCGGCCAGCCAUCAUAAAGGCCAUCAUCACGAGGAGGGCGGCGGCAAGGAGCACCACGCCCACCACCACCACGAGCACGGAGAGAAGGGCCACAAGGGACACAAGGGACACCACCACCACCACAAGGGCGAGCACGGCCACCACGGGAAACACCACCACGAGGGUCACCACCACGAGCACGGCGGCGGCCACAAGAAGCACUGGGACGAACACGACCACCACGGCCACCAUCACGAACACGGACACCACCACAAGGGCGGCAAGCACGGCCACAAGAAGCACCACGACAAGGGCGAGGAAGUAGAGGGCUACCACAAGAAGUACCACAAGGACGAGUACCACAAGGACCACCACUUCUACGACGACCACCACAAGGAGGGCAAGCACCACAAGCACGGACACCACCAUGGCCACCACGAGCACAAGGGCGGACACCACAAGAAGGGCGGCCACCACCACUCCGGACACCACGAGGGUCACCACGGCAAGAAGGGCCACCACGACAAGCACCACUACGACGAGGACCACAAGGGCCACAAGGGCCACCACGGCCACGAGGAGCACCACCACCACCACCACGACCACGGCAAGAAGGGCGGCCACGAGGACCACAAGCACUGGGGCUUCCACCACGGCAAACACUAAUACUCGUACUACGCUUAGGAUAUUUGUUACAUCUUUGUUGUUAUUUUUUACAUUACCUCCCUGUAAAUAAAAUUAACGUUGACUGAA